GUGUGCAGGGGGGAAGCAGCCCCGAGGAGGAGGAGGAGGAGGAGGAGGAGGAUGGAGGAGGAGAUGCAGCCAGCAGAGGAGGGGCCCAGCCUCCCCAAAAUCUACAAGCAGCGGAGCCCUUACAGCGUCCUCAAGACCUUCCCCAGUAAGAGGCCAGCCUUGACCAAGCGCUACGAGAGACCCACCAUGGUGGAAAUCGCUCCGGUCAGGGCGGCUGCAGGGGGGCAGCAGCCCCACUUUCAGCAUCCCCCCGCCUCCAUCAGCAGCAGCGAGCAGCAUCCUCAGUACCAGGCGCAGAGCUCCUAUCCGAACGGGCCGGGCCGGGCCGCCGCCGCCGCCUCCUCUUCCUCCCCCUCCUGCACCCCGCUCGUGUCCCAGGGCCACCUGAGGACUCCCGCUCCUCCGCCCGCUGCCCUGGCUUCCUCCUCCGCGGCCGCCGCGGCCGCGGCCGCCGCCGGGGUCUCCAGGUACGGAGCCGGCCAGGCGGCGGCCGCGGGCAGCAGCAGCAGCAGCAGCAGCAGCACCAGCAGCAGCAGCGAAGGCGGCGGCCACGGCGCCGGCGGCAGCCUGGAGCUCAGCGCAGAGAGUCGCAUGAUCCUGGAUGCCUUUGCCCAGCAGUGCAGUCGGGUUCUUAGCCUUUUAAACUGUGGCGGAAAACUCCUGGACUCCAACCAUUCUCAAUCCAUGAUUUCUUGUGUGAAGCAGGAAGGCUCGAGUUAUAGCGAAAGACAAGAACAGUGUCAGAUCGGAAAAAUUGUCCAUAGUCAGACAUCAGACAACUUAGACAUUGAGAUGCAAUAUAUGCAAAAGAAACAGCAAACUUCAGCCUUCUUGAGGGUUUUCACUGAUUCCCUACAAAAUUAUCUGCUUUCUGGGAGCUUUCCAUCUCAGAAUUCCUCAUCUGUAAAUGAUUAUAGCCACCUGGCAGAUGUGGACCCUCUCUCAACCUCCCCAGUCCAUACUUUAGGUGGAUGGACCUCUCCGGCCACUUCGGAAUCACACGGUCACCCGUCAUCUUCGACCCUCCCAGAAGAGGAAGAAGAAGAAGAAGGGUAUUGCCCUCGUUGCCAAGAGCUAGAACAGGAAGUCAUUUCCCUACAACAAGAAAACGAAGAGCUCAGAAGAAAACUGGAGAGCAUCCCAGUGCCCUGCCAGACGGUCUUAGAUUAUUUGAAAACUGUCCUUCAGCACCAUAACCAGCUUAUGAUACCACAGCCAGCAGAUCAGCCCACAGAGGGAAGCAAGCAGCUGUUGAACAACUAUCCUGUCUACAUCACUAGUAAACAAUGGGAUGAGGCUGUAAAUUCUUCCAAGAAAGAUGGGAGGCGGCUCCUUCGAUACCUCAUCAGAUUUGUUUUUACAACCGAUGAGCUUAAGUACUCAUGCGGCCUUGGAAAAAGGAAAAGGUCAGUGCAGUCAGGAGAGACAGGUCCUGAAAGACGUCCUCUGGAUCCAGUUAAAGUAACAUGUCUCAGAGAGUUCAUUAGGAUGCAUUGCACUUCCAACCCGGAUUGGUGGAUGCCGUCAGAGGAGCAAAUAAAUAAAGUAUUCAGUGAUGCGGUUGGCCAUGCCCGACAAGGACGAGCUGUGGGGACUUUCCUACAUAAUGGCAGCUCGUAUUAUGAAGGGAUUGAGCAUCAGCUUUCACAGGAUGAAGUCCUCAAUAAAGGUUCCCAGGAUGCAGCUGGAGAUUGAUGGAAAUCAGAAGAAAUCUAUUCCACAGUAGCAGCCAGCCAACUAAAGAAUACUGAUUGUGAGAUGAACUGUUAAUAUCAAUUAGGAGUCCAAAGCAUUUCAUAUUCAGUCAUACUUUUGACACCCUACCUUUUCACCCUCUUAUCCUAGUGCACAAGUCCCAGAUAGAAAUCCAUUUCGGGGUCAGCUUGGGAAGAUGUUAUGCUUACCACAGACUUUUUAGAGUCAUUAAUGGAAAACUGCAAUUGGUUUCGAAUGCUUUAUAUCUAGACUGUCAGGUGGGGAAUAUAAGUGGACCUGCAAAAAAUCUUUAUGAUGAAAUCAUUAAACGCUGCCAUUAAAGUUGGCUAUUGAUCUCAAAGUAAAUGUUGCUCAGUAUUCUUUCCAUAGGAGAGGGUGGAGAUUUUCAUAGUUGUUUUAAGGUAAGUGAUAACUGAAGGAACAGGAGAUAUAUAAAUUAAUGCAUUGCUUUAAUGUCAAUAAAUCCCUUUUUUUCCCUUAUAGAUUAUUGAACUCCUAAUCUAUCACAACUCAGACAAGGCAUACAUGGCUUUAGUAGGCUAUUCCUAUACUAGCAAAGUGCAAUAUUUUUUUAAAAGAACAUCAAUUCUAAAAUACAGAGAACGUAGAAUCGGCUAUAUAGGCAUGGGUUAUUUGCAGUCAGUUCACACUCAGUCAUUCUUACUGAUACUCCAUCAUGUUGACAUAGAAGGUACUAUGUCAUCUCUGGAGUUUAUAAAAACUGUAAUACAUUUCAUCCACUCAGCAGAGAAUCAUUCAAAAGCCAUCUUUCAAAUGUCUGAAAUUACAGAUUCAUAGAACCACCAUUUCAGACACCUUAAACAAAGCUAUAUAUAUAUAUAUACAUGGUCCCGAAAUAAUUGGCUUAAAAUGGAAAUUCCAAUCAGUUGCUCAGUCUGCAACUCUGCCAAAAAUUGGCUUGGCUCAUUCUUCUCACUGAAUCGAACAGAUGUUCUGACGUCAUAAUAGACACAGUUUCAAUGCCAUCGGAUUUAUUAUGCAACAGGAUUUUCAGCAAUUCUCCAUGAACUUUGUUUAUUUUUUGCCAUGAACUGGAUUCUCAGUUCUUGUAUAUCUGUGUAAAAUUUUAAAACUUCUAUUUUCUCCCCCAUUUGUUCCAUCAGCAUUGACCAAAACAUGGCAUUUGAGAGCAACAGGCGAUGGCCAUGUCAAUGGCAUCCUCUCCCUCCAUCCACAUUUCUUCUCUAGAGCUACAUGUGUGAAACUAAAAAUAUCCUUAAAAUCUAUCAUUAUAAAAAGUGUUCUAUAGAUGCUAAAAUAAUUAUUCCUGAGGGCUCCAGGAUCAGAUGUCAAGUGACACUUGUUUUUUGAAACUGUGCCAAAUGAUUGCAUUUUUAUGGCAAGAGUGGUAAAAUGGUAGCUUUUGUUGAAUAUUAAAGCCAUUCACAGGAGUGGCUACAUGAAAAUGAUGCUGAGUGUAUUUAAUAUGGAUGUGUCAUGCACACAGUGGGUACUCAACAAGUAUUUGUCCAUGUGAAUGAAAAUGUAUGUGUAUUUAUAAAAUAUUACCUUUGUUGGGUUUUUUGUCUAAGUAACAAAUUACCUCUUUUUAUUCACUUAUUCAUUUGUUUAUUCACUCAUCAAAUACUUAUUGAGUCCCUGCUGUGUGAAAGACAAGGAAAUAUUUCAACAGUUCCUUGUUUCUUUUGCUGAUUUACAGUCUUAGUUCCUAAUUCCAAAUUUUAAAAUUUAUUUUAUUGUUAUUGCUAUAGAUUGUUGUUGCCUGACCUGUUAAAGGGUAUUUGCCUAUAGGUACCUAGGUAGACAGUUAGUGAAGAUGCCCACGUCAGCAUCCAUAUUCAAAGUCCAAGAAGGAAAGAUUGAUAUUGAAGGACAUUAGGGAAUUGUCUUAGAGACCUUUCGGAAGAGACAAACCUGUCAUGGGGGGAUGACUUUGGGUCAGAUAGGAGAUCAAACUGAAAGCAAAGAGAUGUGUUAGCAUGCUAAGAAAGACUGAUAUCUCAUUAUUGGCAGCCUUAGCUUCUUAGGAUACAUAUUGGGUUUUUAUGACCUUUCGAGCUCAGUGGUAAUACAAAGCUAAUCAGCAUGGAAAAGUAAAGCAUUUCACAAGAGAGGGAGAGAAAAAAAGUGAUCAUCCAAGAGAGAAAGGGGGAAUAUCUGGGACACAAUUGACAGAAUUUCUUAUUGGAAUAAGAAGACAUUCCAUAUUCAAGGGCAGGGAACAAGGCUAAGUGACCAAAAAGAAAGGACUUUUACACAAAACUGCAGAAUCUCUUAUCCAAGUAACACAAGUAGUUGUCUUUAUCAUGGUUUGUUCCUGUUUUAUUUCUCCUUCUGCAGAAGUUGGGUACUUUCUAGUACUAGACCACUAGGUGAUUAAAAGACUAGUUCAUCAAGAUAUUGCAAAUGAUUGUGGUUGCUGUUUUUUCCUUCACAAAGGCUUACUCAGAGAUCAGUACCAUCAUUAUUCAAGGAUAAAACAUUGGCCAGGAAAGGAAACACCACAAUUGUCUCAUCUUUCUCUUAUAUCUGAGUAAGUUCUGUUUCUUUAGACUUAGGCGAGUCAGGUAUUCCCCUUCUCUGUCAUUCCCAAAACAAAUCUGUUUUUUCUGAAGGAAUGACAUUUGCAACCAGGAAAUCUCUACAUCUCUUUUUUCUAAGCAAAGUGAAAGGAUGCACUAAAUGACUCCCCGGACUUCAUCUGGAAGGCCUUAGGCCUUCUAGUAUUGGACAAAGGCAGCUUAUUUUAGGGUACCCUCUGAUCUUCUCUGCCAGAACCUUGUAACCAAGUAUAAAUUAAGAUGGAUCAGGGCAAUGUUAUCUAUGUGACAAUAUGACUGAAAAGAUUUAUGGUGAAUCGUCCAUAACCGUUACCCCAGCUUGGAUAGUCAGCUGUUGAGGCUUUGAUUAUAGACAUCACACCUACUUUAAUGAAAAAGAAUCACCAUUUCUCAACUACUCCAUUUAAAGUUGCUGCAUCUGCCUCUUGUUUCCUGACAUUUCGUGUUUGCUCCGGAAUGGACUUUCAGGAACUUUUUAUCCAGUCCACUCAAAAAUGAGAUCCAAAAAGAUGCAGUAUGUCCAUUGUAUCCUAUUGGUUUUUUACUACUUCAGCGAGUCCCUGAAGUGCUUCUUCUGCUCAUCUGCCCUUGGCUGCCCCAUAACAUCUGCUUAGACAUCUGUCUCAUAUGGAAAAGCUUGGUGACAUUAAGUAUCCCUUCCAAUGAUGCUCUGUUACCAUAGCUGUAAAUAACAUUAACUGGUUAAGAAGUCAAAAGUAUCCCUACAGCUGAUAUAAAUAUCACAACCACAUGAAAGGUCAGCAUAUUGCUGCCCUAGGGACCUCUAACUUGGCCUGGAGUUUGUGUGGAUCAUCUGCUCAUCUUCCUCUCUUCCAAAAAUACAAUACUGCUUUGAUUCGGUUAUCUUCAUCAUCGUUUGGCAGUUUUAGCAUUACACCAGCUUUUGGGCCCCUUCACCACAUUACUUUGAAACUCUGAGGAUCCAUAAUUUCAUUAUUGUGAAUAUUCCUUCUACCAAAGGAGAAUUCAUCCCCUCUUGGAUGAUUUUUGUUUAUUUGUUCACAUAGUUCCUUCAUACUGUCUCCACCCACUAUACCGAAGACCUUUCUCUGGUUCUUUUUAUGUAUGUAGGAUGAAGGAGUAACAAAAUCAUCUUCGUUCCAUCUGUUGUCUUUUUCUUGUCUAUAUUACCAAUCCACUUCCUUUUCUGGGCAAAUGCAUCCUUGAUGAUGGUGAAAGUGCUUUCUAGACCUUAAAGCAUCAUUUAUACCAUUUCCUUCCCACAAGUCAUGUUGGCAACAUGCUGCUUCCUGCUUACCCAUAUCAUGUGUCUUUUUAACUGUCUUUUAGACUACUUAUAACAGGGAAUCUUCUAAGAUCUUGGUAUCCCGUGCAUGAUUCACAGCCAUCUUGCAUCACCAGGAGAAUCCUAGUGUCAAAGAGAUGGUCUUUUGCAGGAGCAAGUCUCCCUAGGUCUCAGGUGAUCUUCCGCUGCCAAGGUGGCAUUAAAUAUCCAAAACUGAGCUAUACUCUGACCUGAUCAGACCUGCUGAGAUAACGUGGUCAGUUCUUGACCUCAUAUUUCAGGAGGCUCUUCAGAAAGCUAAGGAAAAUCCAAAUCAACAAUCAGAUGUUGAAGGAAACGAAUGCAAGAAAAUAGCCAGAAAGGUCUUCCCUUAUUUGGAAAGUUAUAAUGAAUGCAGAAUUCAGGUCUCAUUGUGCCCUAUGGAUUUUCCUGUGUACAUUGUGUCUCAAAGGGAAAGCCUACAUUUCACUUUGAGGGAUAAAGCCAUACUACCCUGAAUUUGGUCGGGCAGAAUUUUGGCCAGGAUCUUGUUAAGAGAGAAGUAAGAUAUCACAGAAAUAUCAAAAAAAAAUUAAAACUGAAAGAGGUUUCAGGGAGAAAUCAGUCUAACUAUCUUAUUUUGCAAAGGAUGAACCCAAAGCCUAGAGAUUUACCCAGUCAAAUAGCAAGUUAGUGAUAGAACCAAGACUCCUGAAGCUCAGGGUCCAAGAGCUUUCCAUGACAGCGCACUACCUCCCCAAUAACUAUGACGGUUAGUUUUCUGGCCUUUUGAGGGCGAUAGGUUCAAAAUCCUGUGGAUAUGACUCUCAGCAUUUCCUCUAUGUAGAAAUAUGCCCAUGCAGAUAUCUAAACAACUCUUUUCUCUCUAUUUAAAAGUCCCAGGAGAUGUGCUACUAGACCCUAGAACUUAUCAUCAUGUUCCUCCCAUAAUAGUAACUUCCUCCAGACAUGUAACGAAGUCUCUAUAGUCAAGUUUUAUAUGGUUCUCUAUGUUUUAGAAAAAAAAGUAACAAGGGUGACCUGAACCAGAUUAAAAUGUGAGAAAUAUUUAACAAAAGAAAUAAAAAUACAAUAGAACAUAAUGGUAAAAUGUUGUUUUCUAUGGAUCCUAUGAUCCAGGGACAUAUGAGGGACUGGCAGUCUAUUACUUGAGCCUAGAUAUCUGAGGUAUUAUAAUCAAAUCAAAUUUGAUAUUGUUAAUGGUGCCUUUGAUGUUGAUGGUUGUCUAUUGAAUGUGUCCAGGUAGGCCAGUUUAUUUAAGAAAUAAACAAAUAGACAAAGAUAAGUUGAUCUCUCCAAAACAUGGACAUUGUUGACUAUGUUCAUAGUCCUUUCUCUUGCUAAUAGAGGGAGAAAUGUCUUUUUUUUUAGAAUAUGCAAGUGACUAGAAAUACCAUUUUUAAAGUUUAUAUCUAAAAAAUGCUAUUUCUAGUUACUUACAUAUUCUAAAAAAAUGGCAUUCAACAGGGGCAUCAUACAGUCCAAUAAACUGAACAGAUGAGCAAUAUACGAUACAACUAGGCUUUGACUUUUGAGUGAUGAAUACCAUGAAGUAAUCACAGGAAUUCAAAUUAGGAUUUUUUGACAUUAAAAUGACAUCAUUUAAAAUAAGGCAAUUGGUUCUAGGUCAGUGGAAAUCUGCAGGGCAAAUUUGAAUACCACGACAACUUCAUGGGAUUCCUUAUUCCCAUUAAUCAGCCCUAGAUGUAUAAAUAGCUGCCGGCUCACUGUAGCAGACAGUGUCUGGUGACUUUUUUCAGACAAGUCCACGUUCCCUUCUUGCAUUUAGAUUCUCAUGCAGUAAAUGCUUUAGAACCUAAUCUAAACAUCAUCAACUACCUCUUUGGGUUUGUUUUAAUUUUGAGGGGAAAGACUCAAAAUUCCUCACUUCAUGUCAUUUAGUGAAAGAAAAAUCCCAUUCUUCCUUCACAGUACAGACCUUCUGUGGUAGAUUUUGGUGGCACAUAAAUUCAAAUUUAUAGAAAUAUAAUAGAAAAUGACUUUGCACAUAUGAUGCGAGUCUUCUGGUGUGUAUUUAAUGUGGUUACAUUUGCCAAAACUGCUUGGUGAAAUGUCUUCUAAUAGAACGCUUGAGUCAGAACUCUACUGUUAAUGUGUCUAAACAGCAGUAUGUAUCAUUGAUGAUGUAUUUUUGUAAACAUUGUGAUGGUUUCUUUCAGAUGUAUGAGUAUGAGAGUAAAAUAAUCAUUUCAUUUGGAGUAAUGUCAAAAAAAAUCACACAGUUGAUCAUAGACCUCUACAAAGUUAUGGGUUAACAAUUGGGAAAUGUACCUUUGCUGGAUUUGGUUGGUAGCAAGCGUGAUUGGCGCUCUCUCUCUCU